CACGACACAAGUCUUUUUUAUUAUCUCCCGCGAAAACCCCAUUAGUCUCGGUACGUUUCGGUAGUUUAACAGGAUAUAUUAGUGGCGACGAGGAAAAAUUUUGUAUUCGGUGCGGCAGCAGUUAUACGGAUAGUGAAACAUUUCCGAAUUUUGCUCCAAUCACCGUCGGAAACACCAUCGCUAUUAAUGACGGGCGGACUGUUUCGCCGCUCGCUUAACAGAUAUAGUGAAAAAAGAAGUUCAUCGUUCUGCACGGCGGAAGAAUUGUGCCGCGAAAAUCGGAUUAAUUAAGGGUCCACUUCUCGAUUGAUCGAUUUAUCGGGCACACUACGGACAGCAGGAGAAAUUGAACAGCAGCCAAACCUUUGUUGCUGCGGCUUUUGUUUCACCCCGUCCGGGAGGUUUGAUGUUUGUUCGUGGCAACAGGUAAAAGUAGCGGAUCAAAAGGGUGAGUGAAAACUUUUUGGUUUAUGCCAAAAUUAUAGUAAUUAGAAUUAAUUGAGAAAAGUGAUUCCGUGAAAUAUUGAUGAUCGAUUUUCUUUUAUGACUUGUUUUGAUUAAUUGGUGAUUUUACUUUUCGCUAUUGCCAAAGAAUAGGCGCGUAAUCAAAGGUAAUUAAAACGUAAUAAAUUUGCGCAAGAGAAGUGGCGUAUUGAAUGUAACAACUUGGUAAAUAUUCUUUUUGGUGAUUUUAUUUUUCGCUUAUUCUAAGAAAAGCUGUGUAAUUAAUUAAAACUAAAUUGGUGAUUUAGCGCGUUUAUUUUUAUCAAUUCGAAGCGCAGUGAACAAUGAUGCUUUUUGGCUUUAUUUACUAGAACAAAAGAAAAAGAACACAAUAGGAAAACAAUAUAUUAUUUAUCCUGGUAAUUUGUCAGUGAACAUAUUGAAUGUAUUGAAGCAUUUCACUUAUUGCAAUUUUGUGUUGUAUUACGACCUUGCGUGAACUUGUAUUGUUUUUUAGUUUUUGCUAAAAUUUUGACAAAUAUGUCUUACAUAGUAGCUCCCAAUAUUGAGCCCUACCGUAAGGGUCAAUCAUUUGCUUCUUGGAUUAAACGUUUAUCAUGCCAUUUCCGAGUGAAUAAGGUGAAAGAAAAUGAGAAAAAAUACCAGAUGUUACUUUUGGGAGGCGAUUUUUUGUUCAAUAUGGCAGACAAACUCUUUCCUACAGAUGAAUUGUUGGAAGAACUUUCCUAUGAAGUAUUAGUUCAAAAGCUUAAGGAGAGACUUGACAAUAAUGAUUCAGUCUUACUCCACAGAUAUAAUUUCAGUAGAAUGGUGCAACAACCUGGCGAAUCAGCCGGUGAUUACAUAUUUUCGUUGAAAGUUCUGGCGGAAAAUUGUGAGUUCGGUGAUCAAAAGGAUUACCUCAUAUUGGAUCGCAUUCUUGUUGGUCUACAAGAUGGCUCACUUAAACACCACCUUUUGACUGAAAAUAACUUAACAUUAGAACAGACUGAAAGGAUUAUCGCUUCUUGGGAAAUGGCGACUUAUCAUACAAAAAUGUUGGCUAACAAUAAUGUUGACUUUGUGGCUUCAAUAAAUACCAAGCAUCCAUUUUGUUAUCUGGAUAAUAAGGAUUAUAAACAUAACUCGCAACUUGACUUCCAACAGUUUAGGUACCGUGAUGAGUCUGCUAGUACAUCUCAUAGCCGAAGGAAAAUUGAUGGAAACCAACGGAUGGUAGACCAGCGUAUCUGUAAUUACUGCGGACAGCGAGGACACGUGCGAAGAAGGUGCUUCAACAUUAAGCGAGAGAAGAGCGAUGAAGUCAAACAUGUCGACAUCCGAAAAACUGGUGUGAUUCCGGAUAGCUUGUCCCACCAACUGGAUAGUUUGAGGACAAUGGAUUGUGUGUUUAUUGGAUGUAUCUGUUGAACGUAAUGUCAUUCAAAUGCAGAUUGAUAGUGGUUCUCCGGUAACAGUAAUGGGAACAAAUUUGUUCAACUCAAAACUCAACCUUUCCUUAUGUAGAAUGUCUAAUCAACUGACUGUGAUAAAUGAUUCCACACAAAACAAAUCUGGUGAAAUUGAGGUUGCAGUUGAAUUGGAUGGGGGACAAAAGAAUUCAAAUUUAUUAGUGCCUUUUUGUGAUGACCAGUUUAUUCCUUUGCUGGAUAAAACAUGGCUGGAUGAUUUUUUCUCCAACUGGAGAAAUGUUUUUGGCAAUUCAAUGCCAUUUAACAACUAUUACAAAAUUUUGGAAAAACAAAAUGAAGCACUAAUUGCAGUUGAUCAAAUUAAAAUUGUUGAUGUAUUUGUCAAUUAUUUGAGUAAAGCUGUGUGUAAUGCUGAUAGUGAAGGAGAUGAUUUUACAAUUACUAAAAAAGAUUGUGACAUUCCCUACAGUUGGAGGGAGAACAUUUUUAAAUUGUCGGUGUUUGAUUCCAAAAUUCAGUAUACUCUUUCGUUGGUGAUGAAUUUUGGGAACCUUUUUUCGCGAAUGGCUUCUAAUAUGUCAGCUCCCACAGCAUAUAAUGAAUAUUGGAAUAGUGAAAUAAAGAAUUUUCCUGAUAAAUCUUUGGUCAAUGCCAGGGUAAACAAAAAUAAUAUUAUGCAAGAAAUGAUUUAUUCUGAUUGGCUUGGGAGAACUUAUGAAGAUAGAAUUUUGGCGAAUCGACAAAUUUUGAGACUUUUUGACGUGUGUUCUUUGUUCCAUGACAAAGUGAAUAUUCCGCAGACAAUUCAAGAAUUUUUCAAACCUUUACAUGGCAUCCAAGUUGGUGUCUUUGAAAUAAAACGAUCAGUAAAACACUCUGUGCACUUUGUUGGAAUAAACGCAAAUUUUAUUGUUGCUUGUGACGUCUAUGCAAGUGUGGCAAUAAAUCCAAAACAACACAUUAUUAUUAAAAUUUUAAAACGUAAACCUGCUACAAAACUUUUGGCAGUGAAUAAAUUCUCCAAAAGGGUGGAGGUAAAGUGGUUGAUGGUAAACUGGUUAGUGAUUUUUGCAAAGUGUACUAAACUUAUUGCUAGUUUUAGAAUGCCAGGCGUUAUGUUGCUUGACAAUGGUCUUCUAUGCAAAAGAUACAAGUUGAGCUUUCAAGACCUAACAAAUUCAUGUUUGUUUCCUUAUAACUUGACAUUGGAGGACAGUUUUCCUUCAGAAAAAUCAUAUUAUCAUAAGUGUAUGUUAGUCUGUUUGAUUAACUUUAAGAGGCAUAACUUGCAGCAUGUACGCAAAAAGCUGAGUAAAGCAUUUUUCUGUAAACAUGUCUCUAAUAACUCAUUACAGAUCAUGAUUGAAAGCGAAGCGACAACCACCGUCCAUCUCACUCAACUACGACUCGCUAAUGAUGGACGCGGCAUGCCAAGGCGAUCGAUGCGUGUGGUCGAGACUGGUCGGCCGCUACUGACUGACGACGACACAUCCGUGGCUGGUCGGCCGUUACUGACUACUGCAGAAUCCACGAGGGCAUCCGUACAUGACGACACUUUCUGGCAGUUACCAGAUCUGAGCGCGAGACAGACCCCAACGCUAUCGGAAGUGAUUCAGUUAUUAAAUAGAAAUAUGAGUAGGAAAAGAAAAUUUCCAUCAGAACUGGUAGCGCUUUCUGGCCUACCUUGGCGGUCUAAGAGACCUAGAGUAGAAGUAAGUUCGAAUAUGUUACAUAAUGAAUAUUUGUUCAUUCUGAAUUAUUGUUCUUUCCGAAGGGGGAAGAGCUAUUGUAUAUUGUAAAUACAUAUCUGAUUAGCUUAAGCUAAGCGUGCGUGACAGCAGUGUGCGCUGUGCGCUACACUGCUGUCAAUUUCAUUAAAUCAAUAAAACAGACCAGAAGGUCUUUCUAAUCUAUCACUCGAACACGACACAAGUCUUUUUUAUUAUCUCCCGCGAAAACCCCAUUAGUCUCGGUACGUUUCGG